AUGGAGCUUGUCAUUAUUAAGCUCACAGCUGGGUUUGUGGUGCGGUAUGGGAUGCUUUUUUGUCGGGAUUUGAUGAAGAAAGUGGUUGAUAAACCUCAGUUUCAGUUGUUUAAGUUUAUGGUGGCAACUGAUAGAAGGUUCCAUGUUUAUGACGUUGUUGUUGAUGCGGUGUCCAAUAUAUUAGAGCCUUCCUAUGAUGCUUAA